GACGUUGGAGAUGCAAUGAGAUAGUACUAACUAGAACUAUACUUUCGGGGUAAGUGAUAGGCGCGGUGGGCGUGUGACAAUCCGACAAUGGACGACAUGAGACAUGGAUGCUUGGUGACGAUGCUGUUACUGUUCCUGUCGACUGUGGCCGCUACACCUCAUCGGCAUCGCUUGUCUGAAACUGCCACCGACAGAUAUCUAACCAAGCAGGAACAGUGGUUCUCACAGACCCUCGACCACUACUCUCCCUAUGAUCACCGCAAGUUCCAGCAACGUUACUAUGAGUUCCUUGACUAUUUCCGGAUUCCUGAUGGACCCGUUUUUUUGGUAAUCUGUGGUGAAUAUUCAUGCAAUGGGAUAAGAAAUGACUAUAUUGCUGUUCUGGCAAAGAAAUUUGGAGCAGCUGUGGUUUCUCUUGAGCAUCGCUAUUAUGGAAAGAGUUCUCCAUUUAAAUCUCUGGCCACAAAAAAUCUAAGAUAUCUUUCAUCCAAGCAGGCACUCUUUGAUUUGGCUGUUUUUCGUCAGAAUUAUCAGGACUCCUUAAAUGCAAAACUUAAUAGAACAAAAACUGAAAAUCCCUGGUUUGUUUUUGGUGUCUCAUAUCCUGGAGCACUCAGUGCGUGGUUCCGUCUGAAAUUUCCCCAUUUAACAUGUGGAAGUCUUGCAAGUUCUGCUGUUGUUCUUGCUGUUUACAACUUCACAGAAUUUGAUCAGCAGAUUGGUGAGUCAGCGGGUGCUGAAUGUAAAGCAGCAUUACAAGAAACCACUCAACUUAUUGAGAAAAAACUGGCAACUGAUGGAAAGGCAUUGAAGGCUUCUUUCAAUGCAGCUGAUCUUGAAAUUGAUGGUGACUUCAUGUAUUUCUUGGCUGAUGCUGGUAUCACAGCGUUUCAAUAUGGAAAUCCAGAUAUCUUAUGCAAGCCUCUUGUUGAGGCAAAGAAGGAUGGAGAGGAUUUGGUGGAUGCUUAUGUCAAAUAUGUCAAAGAGAACUAUGGUGAAAGUACAGAAUCUUAUGACCAAGAGAACUUGAAAAACACUUCGGUCAGUGAAAACAGUUCUGAUAGACUUUGGUGGUUUCAAGUUUGCACUGAGGUUGCAUACUUUCAGGUGGCUCCCUCAAAUGAUAGUAUACGCUCCUCAAUAGUCGACACAAGAUACCAUUUGGACCUUUGCAAAAAUGUCUUUGGAAAGGGCAUCUUUCCUGAUGUUGGUGCAACUAAUUUAUAUUAUGGAGGCACAAAAAUUGCUGGUUCCAGAAUAGUAUUUACAAAUGGCUCACAGGAUCCUUGGCGCCGUGCAUCAAAACAAAUCUCAUCCCCUGAGAUGCCUUCUUACACUAUCACAUGUCACAAUUGUGGCCAUGGAGUUGACAUACGAGGAUGUCCUCAAGAUCCGUUUAACAUCGAAGGUAAUGAGAAGAAGUGCACAUCUCCUGAUGCAGUUCACAAAGUUAGGCAAAAGAUCAUAGAGCAUAUAGACUUAUGGCUAUCUCAGUGCGAGGACCCGGGCAGGAGUUGUAUAUGAUUAUGUGUAUGAGCUGCAUGAUGUACAAAGAUUGUCAUUUCAUACAAUAUACAUAUUACUGGUGGUGAUUUUAGGUCAUUCUUUUCCUACCAAUUGAUGCUAUUUGGCCAUCAUUUAGAACGUACGAGUAUCAUUGCUGAGGAUGAAUGUAGUUUGUGUUUGGAAUAAGUACAUUCAACGUCAAUGGAAAUGAAUGAAAUAAGUUGUUCA